CAGAAUUUUUUUCCAUAUAGUGGACUUCAAUGGGCACCAAACAGUUGAAGGUCAAAAUUAGUUUCACUGCAGCUUCAAAUUGUUCUACACGAUCCCAGACUAGAAAUAAUGGUCUUAUCUAGAGACCAUUAUUGGAUGACACGGGACAUCUUGGAUGACAUAAAUUAUCAGGAAAAGUUUAUUUAAAAGUGGACUAAUCCUUUAAUAAGUCUAAACAUCCUUAAAUGAGAAAUAUAUGCUUGAGAAACAAAAAUAAAGCUAGUUUUUAGAGAAUUUAAAGUUAUAUUCUCUGAAAUCAUCUUGUUUUAAGGAUGUUGAGAUAUUUUUUGUGGAUAAGACUAAAAACUGAUUUAGAAAUUUGCUGUGUGGUUUUGUGUUUUUGAAUAAAUUUUUUUUUGUCUUUAUUUCAAACCUUGAAACUGUACUAGACUUGAUGUUUCUCCUCUGAAUCAAAACAUUGGUAACUUUAAGAUAAAUUAAAUCCACACAAUUUCAUUUUGCAGCAUCACAGAACCUUGAGAAAAUAUAUCAUUUUACAGCCACACCCAAAAUUUCUGCUUUUUGUUCACACUUAGCACAUGAUCACGUGAUCUAGCAGAAUAUAUUCUCAGCCUGUUAUAAAUAGAAAAGCAGCAACCCUUCCAGGACAGUUGAUGAAUGGGUCACAUUCUCGGAUUUGCGCUGGUAGACACAGGAACAGCCUUGAAAUGUGUUAAAAUAUCAAAUAUUAAACAUGGAGCGACUCAGACCUUGUUUGUUCAUUUAUCUGUUGGCCAUUUGGCUGUCAUUGAGCAUCUCUUCGACCACAAACUCUGACCACACCAACACAGAGAUAUUUGAGUGGAAGGGUGGAGAUGGUGUGAAAAGAUCACGAGUGAGAAGGCAUAACUUGCAACUACCAGAUGCAUUAAGUUUACCAGAAAAGGUUUAUAGUAUGUUUAUUUUAUGGAGGCUUUUAAAUGAUGUUUCCAAUGAUACAAACGCCAUCGGAAUAUCAACAAUGAGACCAGACAAACUGGAAUCUAUGUCAUCAGAAGGACCGAAAAACACGGAGAUAGUCUUCAAAGCAAAGGACAAACCAUCUUCAGCUCCCACACAGGAACCAAGCACUCAUUCCACUGGUAUUACUUGUACAAAUGACUCGUUCCUGGCAUCGUUCCCCACUGACCCAUCAUCACCAGACUCUCAGAAAACAACUCAAUCAGAAGAUUCACAACUAAUCAAACAAUCAACUCAACGACUCCAGACCACAAUACAGACAAUACCAGAACCCAGUCAAGUUACAGAACAAUACAUCCUUGAUUCCACAACAUUGCCAAUCAAAAACUACUCCAAAGCAGCGGAGGAACCUUCUUCAACUAUCAUUCAUGAACAAAUUGACCAUUUCACUGGUAUUACUAAUACAAAGGACCCUACAGCUAUGACAUCUUUCCCAACACACUCACCAGACUCACAGACAACAACUCAAUCAGGAGAUUCCCAACUAGUCAAUCAAUCAACUCAACGACUCCAGACCACAAUACAGACAAUACCAGAACCCAGUCAAGUUACAGAACAAUCCAUCCUUGAUUCCACAACAUUGCCAAUCAAAAACUACUCCAAAGCAGCGGAGGAACCUUCUUCAACUAUCAUUCAUGAACAAAUUGACCAUUUCACUGGUAUUACUAAUACAAAGGACCCUACAGCUAUGACAUCUUUCCCAACACACUCACCAGACUCACAGACAACAACUCAAUCAGGAGAUUCCCAACUAGUCAAUCAAUCAACUCAACGACUCCAGACCACAAUACAGACAAUACCAGAACCCAGUCAAGUUACAGAACAAUCCAUCCUUGAUUCCACAACAUUGCCAAUCAAAAACUACUCCAAAGCAGCGGAGGAACCUUCUUCAACUAUCAUUCAUGAACAAAUUGACCAUUUCACUGGUAUUACUAAUACAAAGGACCCUACAGCUAUGACAUCUUUCCCAACACACUCACCAGACUCACAGACAACAACUCAAUCAGGAGAUUCCCAACUAGUCAAUCAAUCAACUCAACGACUCCAGACCACAAUACAGACAAUACCAGAACCCAGUCAAGUUACAGAACAAUACAUCCUUGAUUCCACAACAUUGCCAAUCAAAAACUACUCCAAAGCAGCGGAGGAACCUUCUUCAACUAUCAUUCAUGAACAAAUUGACCAUUUCACUGGUAUUACUAAUACAAAGGACCCUACAGCUAUGACAUCUUUCCCAACACACUCACCAGACUCACAGACAACAACUCAAUCAGGAGAUUCCCAACUAGUCAAUCAAUCAACUCAACGACUCCAGACCAGAAUACAGACAAUACCAGAACCCAGUCAAGUUACAGAACAACACAUCCCUGAUUCUACAACAUCGACAAUCAAAAUCUCCUCCAAAGCAGUGGAGGAACCUUCUACAAUGAUCAUUCAAGAACAAAUUGACCAUUUCACUGGUAUUACUAAUACAAAGGACCCUACAGCUAUGACAUCUUUCCCAACACACUCACAGACAACAACUCAAUCAGGAGAUGCCCAACUAGUUGAAGAAUCAACAAUCGCAAAACAGAAAAUUACGGAACCCAGUACAGUUACGGAGCAACACAUCCCUCAUUCCAAAACAUUCACAAUCCAAAUUUCAUCCGAUAUCACGCAUGAAGAAAUCUCUCAUUCUACUGGUACAACUGAUUCUACAGCUAUAACAUCUUUCUCCACUGAACUGCCACCACAAGAGUCACAAAACAACACUCAGUCAGGAGCACCACGAUUAUUGACACAACAUCUUCAGCGCUCCAAGCUGAACAUUUCAGAACCUAGUCAAGUCACAGAGCAACACAUCCUUGAUUCCACAACAUUGCCAAUCAAAAACUACUCCAAAGCAGCGGAGGAACCUUCUUCAACUAUCAUUCAUGAACAAAUUGACCAUUUCACUGGUUUUACUGAUACAAAAGACCCUACAGCUAUGACAUCUUUCCCAACACACUCACCAGACUCACAGACAACAACUCAAUCGGGAGAUUCCCAACUGGUUGAAGAAUCAACAAUCACAAAACAGAAAAUUACAGAACCAGGUCAAGUUACGGAGCAACACAUCCCUGAUUCCAAAACAUUGACAAUCAAAAUCUUCUCCGAAGCAGCGGAGAAACAUUCUUCAACUAUCAUUCAUGAACAAAUUGAACAUUUCACUGGUAUUACUGAUACAAAAGACCCUACAGCUGUGACAUCUUUCCCAACACACUCACCAGACUCACAGACAACAACUCAAUCAGGAGAUUCCCAACUGGUUGAAGAAUCAACAAUCACAAAACAGAAAAUUACUGAACCCAGUCAAGUUACGGAGCAACACAUCCCUGAUUCCAAAACAUUCACAAUCCAAAUUUCUUCCGAUAUCACACAUGAAGAAAUCUCUCAUUCUACUGGUACAACUGAUUCUACAGCUAUAACAUCUUUCUCCACUGAACUGCCACCACAAGAGUCACAAAACAACACUCAGUCAGGAGCACCACGAUUAUUGACACAACAUCUUCAGCGCUCCAAGCUGAACAUUUCAGAACCUAGUCAAGUCACAGAGCAACACAUCCUUGAUUCCACAACAUUGCCAAUCAAAAACUACUCCAAAGCAGCGGAGGAACCUUCUUCAACUAUCAUUCAUGAACAAAUUGACCAUUUCACUGGUAUUACUGAUACAAAGGACUCUACAGCUAUGACAUCUUUCCCAACACACUCAGCAGACUCACAGACAACAACUCAAUCAGGAGAUGCCCAACUAGUUGAAGAAUCAACAAUCGCAAAACAGAAAAUUAUGGAACCCAGUACAGUUAUGGAACAACACAUCCUUCAUUCCAAGACAUUCACAAUCAAAAUUCCCUCCAAAACAGUUGAGGAAACUUCCUUAGAUAUCAUGCAUGAAGAAAGCACUCGUUCUACUGUUACAAAUGAUUCUACAGCUAUAACGUCUUUCCACUUAGAACUGCCACCACAAGAGUCACAAAACAACACUCAGUCAGGAGCACCACAACGACUCAAUCAAUCAACACAUUUCCAGAGCACCAACAGCCCCACAAUUCCAAAACCUAGUCAAGAAUUUCUACAACCCACGGCAGUCAUGUUCACCCCAGACAUGACCACAACAUACAGAAAUGAAAAGGAAACUCCACUACAGACUGCCAUAAACUCACACAUUACAAACCAUGGCAUACUUGCAUCAACAAGGGGAAAUGACAGCCUGCAGCCCACUUCACUUCCACAAACAAUGAAGCAUGAACAUCCAAGAAGAGCCAUCACUGGGAUGGUGAAAGGCAUUUCAAAACCCACUCUACCUGCAAAGACAAAAAACCCAACUUUAAGUUCAUCGUCAAUCAAGCUUGAAAUUCUAGAAACUGCUACAUACACACAUUCUGGAACUUGGCACAAUGGGAAGCCAAACCAGUUUGUGAAGGCCACAGAUUGGAGAGUUUCAAAACCUACGCCACCUGCAUUCACAUUGAAGGAACAAACCAAAGACUUCACUUCACUUCUGCUACCAGAGACCUCUAUUUCACAUCUCAUUGGGUUCACGUCAGAUUCAGAACGCCACAAACCCACACCGGCAGAAGAGCCUAGAAAUCACAACACUGAACAAAAUGCAAUUAAUACUUCUAAUGGCGGUUUAAUGCACCACUUUCUGACAACAAAAACUCGCAUAUUAACAAAUGAUUUAUCAGUAAGCAGCGAAACGGCUUCCAUAUCACCUCUUCUUAGCCUGACAGAGGAUCAUUUAGUUGACUCAAAAGGACCAGGGGACACUUCUGUGUCAAAGGACAUUAGUCUACAUGUUUCCACAUCAUCUGCUGCACCAUUCACAACCUAUCAGAUGAAUCCAAAAACACAAUCACAGAGCACAACAAACAAAUUUCCAAACCUUGGCACAAUAAUAUCCCAUACAAGUGUCCUGUUAGCAAAGGACACAUCAACUCAAGCUCCUACAGAUAAAGUGAGACUGUCUCAAACCAUUCCAGCCUCCACAGAAAAGCUCACUGUGACAUUCACUCCAAAUCCAAAACCUUCAGAAAAACAUAUUCAUACAACAUCAGUCGUGAGACGUGGAUUUCUGACAUUAAUAACUCAGGAAAUUCCAUCCUGGAUAUCAACAAAACAGUCCAAUUUACUCCCCAUUGAAACAACAGAGCCUCGAUCAGACUUGACAAAUCAAGAGCCUACAGCAAAUACAGUGGCGAAGGAAAAGUACCCCAAUAAUGAUAAUGAUCUGUUAACUGAGGUGGACAAAUCAACACAAAGCACGACUGGGCGCAAACUGAGUAAAACAACUCGUACAGCUACAACAAAAUUGCACAUGUCAAAAACACAAAAGGUCUCACGGAAUCCCAAGAAAUUUAUUUUACCAACACACAAAUCAGCUGAUACAGCAAUAAAAGACGACACGGAAACCCACAGAGGAAUUUUUGGAUUACUCUUCACUUUUGCGUGCCUCCUUUUGCUGAUAAUAGUAAUCUUGCUUUGGGUAGUAUGGAGAAGAUGGCAGGCCCGGCGCUGGAGGCACAACAUGUGGGUGGCAGGUCCCCCUCUCCUGUGUGGAACAUAUCAUUCUGUCUUGCAGAGCAGCAGUACACAUACUGCAAUAGAGAUGAGGAAAGGAAACACCCAAAAGAAUAAGCAGGAAAAUAGUGAUGUUCAUGAGAGAAUCGCCCUCAAGCAACAACACAAAGACUUUCAAUAGACACAAGGAUGUCAGAGAACACAACAAGGCACACUCUCUAAUAUUUACCCUCAACUUUUUUAACUAAACAAAUUGUGAAUUAACAAAUUCUACAGACUCCUUGUUCCUUGUUCUACAGACAAACUUUACAUGACUUACAUGAACAAAUAAGAGAUAAAAUUACAUUGAGAUUGCGUGCUUGUACAUUCAGUGCUUGUAUUAAAUUAUUUUAAUAACAUUUUAUUUUUUCACCUGUAUUUUAAAGCAAUAAUAACCUGAUUCAUUAAAACAAACAAAAACUCUUGUUGAAAAUGCUAAUAGACUUUAUUUACAUUCAAUGGAAAGUUGAUCACAUGUAAAAGGAUUAUACUAAAAGGAAUAGUUCUGAAGUGGCACGUUUUGAAGCCCAAAAUAAAUGCAUCCAUCCAUCAUAAAUAUAAUCCAUACGGCUCCAGGGGGUCAAUAAAGGCCUUCUGAAGCGAUGGGUUUUUGUAAGAAAAAUAUCCAUAUUUAAAACUAUGAAGUAAAAUUAUGAGCUUCCACCAGAUGACUAAAUAUGGAUUUAAGUAUUUAAGAUUUAAAUAUGGAUAUUUUUCCCAUAGCUUUCUUUGAGGCGGCCUUUAUUAACUCCCUGGAGCCGUAUGAAUUAUUUUUUUAUGAUGGAUGGAUGCAUUUUUUGGGGCUUCAAAACACCCCCCCCCCCAUUCACUACCAUUAUAAAGCUUGGAGGAGCCAGGAUAUUUUAUAUUCUCCCAAUGUGUUCGUUUGAAAGAAGAUCAUAUAUGCCUAGGAUGGCUUGAGGGUGAAUAAAUCAUGUGAUAAUUUUCAUUUUUGGGUUAACUAUCCCUUUAAUAUGGCAAUAACAACCUUCUCUCACCUCUGGCUGGGUUUGUUUUCAUGUCCAAAUCUGCCUGGCUAACACACAAAACAGCAACAACACUGCGGUCCACUAAAACAGUGUUAGAUGAACAGAUCAAUGAACUAAGGGAAGAAUCUAGACAGCACAUGUAAAAUUAGAGCUGAGCACAGAUGGAUUGAGCUAAAUAAUCUUACUAUGCCAUUUCUGCAUUAUACACACAAACACAUAUACAACAACAUUCACUCACACAGUCACACACUGAGCAAAGCUACAUUAGUAGGCAGAGGAUGUGCCAUUACUGGGCAGCAUUAGCAGGGUCAGAAAGAAUGAAGUGAUUGAGGAAGAAAAAGGGAUAGAAGAGGAGAGAAAGAUGGAGAGUGGCACUGAAAAGGCUCUGUACCAGCGCUCUUUUGUUCAAAACACACACAAACACCUACGCAGGCGAACACAUGAUGGCGAGGAACUUUUAAAUCAACUACCGAAAAGCGUGCUGAGAAUUGUACUACACUUAACUAAGAACUGUUCCAAUAUCAGGGUUUUAAAUUAUGAAUUUUAUGUGCAGAUUUUGUGGGAAAACCUAUGUAGAAUGAGUUUAAAUGUGGUAAAAUCGUGUUGAAUGGAGAUGACAGUAUUCAGAUUAAUAUUAUAUCCUUAUAUCAGAUUUCAUAAAGCAGUGGAAAUCUUAGGAAAAUGUGUGUUAAAAUUGUGUUCAUAUUGAGUUUAUUUUAGCUGAAAUUAGUAUUUUUCAUCAGAUUCCAUCCCAGGAUUCUAUAA